UAGGCUAACUGUGAGACGGGGGUGGGUCGCCGCAGGGAACGAACUGAAGAAAUACCUGUUUACUUUAACAACACGCAGUUAACCUAAAAACGGAGAUUAUUUAGAACUAAUGUGAAGCUAAAAAGACACGAAGACACGCUUUUGUUUAUUUCUGGGGAUUCGAACAUAGCAAUGACGGACUUUUUCAACUGUUCAAACUGCAACAUGUCUUUCAAAUCUGCGCUUUUGCUCGGGAAGCAUAAAGAAAAGUUCUGCAUUGGAGGAGAUAUUGGCAAAACCAGAAAAACGCAGACUCCUGAAGAUAUGAUCGAAAGAGUGAAGGAUUAUAAGAAGAGACGUGAGGAGCUGCGAAAACAGCAUGAGGUGCGCGAGAGGCAGUUACUUCGCGAGAUGGAAAACAGAACAACGAGCUCAGGCCCUGAGGUUCAGGAAGUCACACACACCAUGAAAUCCACCAGUGAACCAACAGGCCAAAGCUCCAGGGCCCUGUGGAUGCACGAACAUGACACCCAGGUGAGGCAACUGGCAGAGAGUCAUGGGAAACAUGUGACUGAGAUUGCUAACAAGAACAGAGUACUAGAAAAACAACGAAAAGAAAUUGACUCACAAUUACAGGAGCUGUCUGAACAAACAAAGAACAUGUCACAGCUGAAGAAAAUGCUAGAAGAACUAAAAGCUCAAGAGCAAAAAAAUUCCCUUCUACUGGAGACCUUGAGGGAACAGCUCCAGUUUCUUCAAAUGGAAUCAAUGAGGAACAAAACUGAAAGCAGGCACAGUGAUUCACGCCUCUAUACCUUCAAGAAAAAGGAAAGUGACAAAACUCAUUCCCAUACCUACAUCCCAUUCUAUGGAGGAGGUGCGCUGUCUUCAGAAAUUAGUGCUCUACGGCUGACCUAUCUGCAGAACGGUGGGAACGAUCAAUUGAUCUUAGCCCAGCUGCAUGAUCUACUGAAUGAAGCACUGCAGGUGGAACAACAGGGAAAACACAUACAUCCCAGUGAAAUAAACAGCCAUAAGAGGGAGUAUGAUUCAAUCAGGCGUCAUCUGAACAGGGACCUCAUUGCUGUAGAGAUAGAAAAUCAGCGUCUGGAAGAAGAUUUUAUGAAACUUCAAAUGAAAAGGAGAAGGGAUCCCAGGCAGCUAAGAGCCCCACACAAAUACAGACCUGGUGACCAGAAAAUAAAGGCUCUGAAAGCAGAUAUUGACCUCCUGAAGCAGCAGAUUGAGAUACAUCGGCUCAGGCGCAAGGUGAAGCCUGCAACAGUGCAGGCACCAGAAGAGCGGAUAUCUCUUUCUCCUCUCCCUCCACUGGAGGAUGUGAGAUUGCAGACACCAGCCCUUGUAAAACAUUACUUAGAAGCUAAUGAUUUAGGACCUGCUCCUUACGACCCAGUAGCUGGCUUUGUUGUGUUUUAUGAUUUCCUCUUGGGUCUGGAUCCAUUCUAUCGAAUCUGCCGCUUGGUGGUGGGGUUGUACAAUGGGCCACAGGAAAUGGGCAACCCAUCUUCACUGCCUCCUGUCUACUGUGAGCCCACCAGCCUGUCUCUAUAUCACCCUGAUAACAGGAAGGGGAACCUGGCAAUGCUUGCAAUAAAACAGGCUGUACCUAGAGUACGGCCCUCUCCUACUAUCUCUCUAACCCUGGAGUUACAGGCCUCAGGGGGAUAUGACCCUUAUGGACAGGAAGUGAACCACCUCAUAUCAAGAGGCUGGGUAAAGGUUGACAUUUUUGACACUCACAAUCGAGUAAUCAGUGGGAGGUGGAAAGUGCCUAUCCGAAUUCUCCCAGUGAAGCCAUCCCUGACUACAGGGGAAAUGAAUGGAGUUGCUCAGCUUGAUAAUGCUGAGCUCUUCUUGCGCAUCGUGAAUGCCAGAGAUGCGGAUUUACAGAACUCUGCUCCGAUCAGCCAGAGCAACGCUGGGCUUUAUAAAUACCCACCUCUGAGCGCUGCAAGGACUUCUUUUCCUACAGAGGCUUCUGUUCCAGCUUACCACUCCCGUCCUCGGUAUCCCAUGUCUCAUCUUUUGCACCCGUCUUACACUGAAAGUGUGGACCCCUCACCUCCCACAGGGAUGCCGUUUGAAGAACUGGAGUGAUUGCCUUUGAAUACCGGGGCACCUAACAAAAGAGACACUGUCCUAACAGUCGCUUAGAGCUAUGAUCUCUGUCCAUGUGUUUCAAAAGUCCAUGCGUUUACAGUCACAGUAAAAUGUUAAUGCCCUCUUCUGUCAUCAGCAAAAUCGAAGGAAUCUGUUCUUUCUGGAAAAGUUAAGUCACUCACUUUAUGCUGAUUUUCAGAUCACGUUUUGCGUUUUUCAAAUUUGUAUUAUAACAUUAAUUUGUUUUAUGGUGAUUUAUCAACGUUUUUUGCCUCAGAACAAUUUUGCAGUUGUAAAAGGGCAAUGAAGCAGGGCCUGUAGAGGUCUAAAAAGGCCUGUAGAGGGCAAUCCCAGAUUCUCUUCCCAUUAUAUUACUGUAGUAAUCGUUUAUAGAGAUAAAUGGUGAAUGGACUGUUAAACAAAAAUAAUAGCAGGUUUUGUAAUGUUUUUUUUUGCAAAGAUGAACGCAUGUUAUGAAGUGUGCUUUAUUUACUAGCUCAUGAAGCCUAUUUUAAAUGCACUUCAAAAGACCUGUGGGUUCUGACCAUUGAUUUACUACUUAUUGGGUAAAAUUGGCUUCCAUAUAGCUUAUCUCUGUAAUGUGUAUCUAAAAUUGUAUAAUAUAAAAUAAUUAAUAAUUUAUAUAAAUAUAUAUAAUUGUCUUAGAUUCCUAUACAGUUAGUAGAAACAGCAACAGCAAGUGAUGAUUGCUGUUGUCAAAAAUUAAACUGCAAACAUUACAAUCUCUGUCUUUUAAAAUUGUAAAAAUGUUAAAACUAUAAAAAAUGUAAGAACUGUGUUUUCAGCAAAUAACCAAAACUUUGGGUCUUAGAAUAAACCUCAAUUUAAAAAUGCUUUAUUGAAAAAAAA